GAUUGAGGAGAUCAGAUCUGUUUGGAUAUUUAGUGAGUGUUUGCAUAAAGAAUUUGACAGUUUGAAAAAUAGUGAUCUCGAACUGGAGCAUUAUGGAAUUGGUAGCAAUGGUACUGUUGUGGUUUAUUAUGUUGGUAACCGGCCAAUAUAUGGAUGAAAACCACAUAUAUAUUGAUUUAAAUCCAGUCCCAUCUGUAAUUCGACGACCCACUCCAUUUUCGGUGAUUUGGAACGUACCGACAUUUAUGUGCCGACAGCAUGAUUUUGAUUUUUCUUCAGUAGUUCCCACUUUUGGAAUAACUCAAAACUCUAAAGAUGAUUUUAGAGGAAACAGAAUAACAAUAUUAUAUGAUCCUGGAGCUUUUCCGGAACUGGAUCCUUUAAGGAAUGGAGGUGUUCCUCAAGGCGGAAAUCUUUCAGCGCAUUUGAAAGCCUUUUCAGACAGUGUGAAAAAACUGAUUCCAGAUGAAAAUUUUCGAGGAUUGGGUGUCAUAGAUUUCGAAUCGUGGCGGCCCAUUUAUCGUCAAAAUUUUGGAGCAUUCACUCCUUACAAAGAGGCGGCUAUUGAUUAUGAGAGAAAGCAGCACCCAUUUUUGCCACAAAAAUUUAUAAAAGAAUUGGCAAUAAGGAAUUUUGAAAGGUAUGGUCAAACGUUUAUGGAGAAGACUUUAGACCUGGCUCAAUCGAUGAGACCAAAUGCAACUUGGGGUUACUACGCGUAUCCAUACUGUUUUAACAUGAAUAAUAACAAUCGGCUGCCAGAAUGUCCGAAAGAAGUAAUUCCAGAAAACGAUAGAAUGAAAUGGCUCUUUUCAUCAUCGGAUGCUCUAUUUCCAUCAGCGUAUUUAUCCGAAAACUCUUUCACCGUGGAUCAGAGAAGGUCCCUCGUCCGAGGCAGAGUUCGAGAGGCGCUGCGAGUAAGAGACGAUGACACGCCCGUAUUCGUUUAUUUGAGGACACAUUACAUAGACACAAAACAUUUAUUAUCUAAGGUGGAUUUGACCAACGCUUUUCACGAAAUGAAAAAGAACGGAGGACGUGGAGGAAUUCUAUGGGGAAGUUCCUCCGAUCUCAAUAGCUAUGAAAAAUGCAGAGACUUUUACGAAUACACUACGAAAACACUUGGACCUAUAGCCAAAGCAUUUAUACAACAUUAAUGCUAAAAU